UACCUAGUCAUGUUGUUGAGGCAAAAUCACUGGGAUCCUUUAAAACCCGACUUGAGAAGGUUCUGAGACUAAUCAGCUGCUCAGAACCGGUUGAGCUCAGGUGGGCUGAAUGGCCUCCUCUCUUAUGUUCUUGCUCAUUGCCGGUGAUUCUGUGUGCACAGUCCACUCUCAGUCUCUCUCUGUUAUAGAUGCAGCAGGACCCUGUCUAUGACUUCCCUGACUCUCAGCCUGCAGAGCCCCUGCCUGUCCACCGGGGGUCGCUCAAGAGCAUCAGCGUGCUGGACCGCCUCCUCUUCACGCACUCUGUGUGGAUGCAGCUCUCCAUCAACUCUGCCACCGCCCUGCACAUCCUGCAGAGGGAGCCUCCGGGGACGUUCCUGGUGCGCAAGUCCUCCACAUCCCAGAAGAAGGUGCUCUGUGUCAGGCUGGUGGACGACUCCAUGCCUGGGUUCGUGGGGCAGUACAUCAUCCGAGAGAAGGACUUUACCUUCUCCCUGGAAGCCUCGUCCAUCAGUUUCCCUGAUCUCUGCCACCUUGUUUCAUUUUACUGUGUGAGCAGGGAUGUGCUUGCCUGCCCGCUGGCGCUGCCUGCAGCCAUCGCCAAGGCAACGUCUCACAAGCAACUGGAGGCCAUCUCUCACAUGGGCGUGGAGUUCUGGAGCUCCCCGCUGAAUUUCAGGGGUCCUCGAAACGGGCUCCCCCCUCCAGACUUGCCCCCGCUGGACCCUGCAGACUGUGCCACCCCCGUGGGACCCCUUUCCGUGUUCAGGGAAUUCUGCCCGAUCCAAACCCGAAGCCCCCAGGAGCUGGACUACGGCUCGGGCCGGGGGGCUCUGUGCUUCAUCAACCCGCUCUUCCACCAGUCCCAGCUGAGCCAGGGGGCGCUGCUCAAACGAGACAAGUUCAAACACAGCUUCAAGGUGAGGAUCUCCACCGAGACCUCCAGCCCCCUGUCCCCCCCCGCUCCCCCCUCCCCCCCCCCUCCACCGCCCCCUCUGCUGGCUAAGGGGGCGAGAGGGAAGCAGCAGAUCCCCCCCUCGGCUCCAGAGCAGGAUUCGGAGUACAUGCUGCCCUCGGUGGCGAUGUCCCGGAAGGUCAGUUUGGGGCAGUUUGCGGGGCUCCUCAAGGGGGCGAGCGUGCUUUCACCCACCGGAGAGGAGGAGGAGGAGGAAGAGGAGUACCAGAUACCCAAACCACUACAGCAGAGGAGGAAUUCUGAAAAGCUGGAUCCUGAAACUGAGGUAUUAGGAGGAGAAGAAGGUGAAGCUCUGAUUCUGGAUCGGGGCCGGGCUCCUUCCUUAAGAGAGCUGGACAGCAGCAGUUCCCUGAGCAGCCUGGAGGAGGAGGACGAGAGCCUGAGCUCGGAUCGGCCCCCCCUCACACGGGGAACCAGCUUUCCCACCCCGCGCCGGCCCCCGCACUUCUCCACCCUGCGCAAGAUGAGCGAAGUCUUCUAUUCCUUCUUCGCCCCGGAGAAGAGGGCAUGCCGGCUGGUGGAGGAGCUCUCUCGGGACAGGCACUCCAGCUUCGGCUCCCUGAUCCAGGACUUCCUGACGCUGACCCGGGAGACUCGCGGCUCUGGGGUCUCUAGCGCCGCCCUGCUGCAGACCGUGAGGAACUUCAUCACCCAGGCAAAGAGCUUCCUGCUGGGCUGUGAAGAGCUGCAGCCCCCCAUCGAGGCGCUCGUCACAGAUGAGGACAUGGACUUCGUCCUGGAGAAGGCGCUGUACCGUUGUGUGCUCAAGCCCCUGAAACCUCACCUCGACGGCUGCCUGCAGGAGUUGCACGCGCGCGACGGAUCCACGCAGCUCAUGGAGGACAGCCUGCGCGCGGCCCAGCAGGGGGCGCUGGAGCGCUUCGGGGUGCGAGUGGGCGUGCCGGACCCCCAGGGCAUUGCUAUGGUGCGGAGGAAGCUGGUGCUGAUACAGAAAGCGUACUCCCCCAUCGACAAGGUGCUGCUGCUGCUUCAGGCUUGCAAGUGUGUGUACACCGCCAUGAGGCGCGGGCCAGGAGAGGAGUGCGGGGCAGACGAGUUCCUGCCCGCCCUCUCGUACGUCAUCGUGCAGUGCAACAUGCCACAGCUCCCCCUGGAGGUGGAGUACAUGAUGGAGCUGCUGGGGCCAUCUCUGCUGACUGGAGAAGGUGGGUACUACCUGACCAGUGUCUAUGCCAGCCUGUGCCUCAUCCAGACCCAGCCAGAGCAGCUCUGCCGAGGCACAGUGACCCGCAGGGCCCGGGACUCCCUGAGAGAGUGGAGCCGUCGCCGGGGAAACGAGGGCACACAGCCCCUCUGCCAGGGACAGAGGUGUGUGCGUGUUGUUUUCCGGGACUGUGACUGCAGCACAGUGGAGACGGUGCUCCUGAGCUCCACAGACACAGUGGACACGCUGGCCCAGAUCUGCGCACUCAAAUUCCGGGUGUCGGACCCCAGUCAGUACGGGGUCUUCCUUCAUCAAGAGGGGGAGCUCCGGCAGCUCUGCCCCCAAGACCUCGCCAAACAAUCAGGCUCCGGCUUCUCCCUCACCUACCAGCGCUGCAAGAGCCACAAACUGAACAGAGGGGGCACUGUGGACCUGGGGGAGAUUCCAGAACCCAACCCACUCUGAAUCUACAUGUGGGGAGAUCUAGAAUACACAGCUGGGCAAUGGGGAACCACUUUAUCUGUACAGCACAAUACAAUACAACAGAGUACAGUACAGUGCAAUGCAAUACAAUAUAGUAUAAUACAGUGCAGUAGAAUACAAUAAUAUACACCAGGAUGUACUGGAUAUUAGUUGGGAUUGAAUCUCUAGGUGGGCUGGCAGAGUGUCAGAAAUCCCCUUUUUGUUCCAGUUGUCCUUUAUGUGUUGUAUCUC